AUGGAAGUCACCCCGCAAGAGUUUUUUCACAAGAUCCAAGAGAUCAUUGCUCGAGAACUUGGUAUCGAAGUAGACGAAUUACAAGAUGCAGACGUUCCGUUCUCCCAACUUGGCAUCGAUCCGAUAUUAGGGCGUGUAAUUGUCCGCACGAUCUCACAGAAAUUGGACCUGCAACUCCCCGAAGACAUAUUCCAGAAGACUGGCGAUGUUGGGCACCUUAGACAGCACAUUCUCGACUCUCAUGCUGCCGCGACGACGACGAUCGCGACGACGACAGCGAAAGCAACAGUCAAAGACGAAGAGACAAGGCCUCAGCCCAAGCCGAAAAGUCAUGUCGCAUUUCCAGUUUUGAUUCGAGGAAACCCAACCAAGGAUUCAAGGAACAUGUUUCUACUGCCUGAUGGCAGCGGUUCGGCGAUGGCCUACGCUCGUUUGUCGGCACCAGCCCCAGAUUGUUGUCUGUACUCCAUGCAUAGCCCGUUUCUGGCAGAUCCUAGCGAAUAUAAAUGUACAGUUGAGGAUCUUGCUGCCAUUUGGGCUCGAGGAAUCCAGAAGAUCCAGCCACACGGGCCCUACACGCUGGGCGGCUGGUCUGCAGGGGGAUACUACGCUUUCGAAGUCAUGAAAUAUCUUCAAUCCGAACGAGAAGUCGUGGAUAAGAUUAUUCUUAUUGAUUCUCCGUGCAGGACCAAGUUCGAGACGCUGCCACUGGAUGUCGUCCGAUAUCUUUCUUCCCACCAGCUCAUGGGCGACCAAGACACAAACCAAACCCCAAAAUGGCUCAUUGAUCACUUCGAGGUUACCCUACGAGCUGUAGAACGGUACAAGCCCACCAGAAUGUCUGCGAUUCCUGUCAAAGCAGCUCCUGACGUAUAUAUCAUCUGGGCGACAGAUGCCGUCCUACCACAUGGUGGAGCUGCGCAAACGGGACUGGAUUGCGGUGUUCAGGUCACUCGGUUUCUACUGGAGCAGCGGAUCGACCUCGGUCCGAAUGGCUGGGAGACGCUAUUCGCAGGAUUGAGCAAAAUCUUCAUUGCCACCAUGCCGGGAAACCACUUUAAUAUUGUCCACAAGCCAUACAUUGCCAGAGCUGUCGCAGGUGACACUGGCCUUGUUUAG